UCGACCCCGGGCAGCCAAUGCGGGGGGCGCUAGGACCCCGGGGACCCUCGGCCCCCCCCGCACUAUAAAUGUCUCUCCAAAAUGCAGCGGAGUUCCUUUCUCCCGUCCCGCCCGGCCGCGUCGCUCCGCGCCCCGCGCAGCCGCUGCCCGGCGGGUCUCCGUCCUGCUCCGCGCCCGCUCCUUCCCCCUCCCCUUUUCCUUUGGUGAUUUAAUUGGUUUUAGUUAAUUUUUUGCUAUUCCCCCCCUUUCCCGUUUUUCUCCUCCGCCCCUUCCCCGCGGCCGGUUUGCAUGCAUUGUCUGUCUCCCAAGAUGGUUUGUGAGACCAAGAUUGUGGCGGAAGAUCAUGAAUCAAUCCCGGGAUCUAAAAAAGACACGAUCAUUGUUUCUUCCUCCCAAAUGUGGCCCUCUUUGGCGGGCUCCCCUUCCUCCCCUCCGCCAACCCUCAGCUCCCCAAAAGAGGAUCCCAAGCGCGACAAUGUCUAUAUCCGCGAAUUCCAUCCCUCCGAGCAGGAGGUGGUGCGCCGCAUAUUUUACGAGGGGAUCAUGGAGCGGAUCCCCAACACGGCGUUCAGGGGGCUGAAGCAGCAGCCCCUCACCCAGCUGCUCUACGGACUGCUGGCCGUAAUAUGCUUUGUUGUGACCAAGUCCUUCCUGCUGACCUGCUGCUUGCCCAUCUUUCUGAUGGGCAUGAGGUACUACUUCAGUAGAAAAGUUAUCCUGCACUAUCUCGAUUGUGCGCUGCAUACAGACAUGUCCGAUAUUGAGCAAUAUUACAUGAAACCGCCAGGCUCCUGCUUCUGGGUCGCCGUCCUGGACGGCAACGUGGUGGGGAUCGUGGCAGCACGGGGCAACGAGGAGGACAACACAGUGGAGCUGCGCCGCAUGUCCGUCGACUCCAACUACCGCGGCAAGGGGAUCGCCAAGGCCCUGGGCCGCAAAGUGCUGGAGUUCGCCAUGCUCAACAACUACUCCUCUGUCGUGCUGGGAACCACGGCUGUGAAGAUGGCAGCCCACAGGCUCUACGAGUCCUUGGGGUUCAAGCACGUGGGUGUUGUUGAACAUUACGCCCUGCCAGGGAUGACGCGCUCCUUACUGGAGAGAAUGUUCUUCCAGCUCCGCUACCACCGCUACCGCCUGCAGCUGCGGGAAGAAUAGAAACCCACCCAACCAAACGAAACCAACAAAAUACGCGUUUUCUUUUUCCUUCCUUCUCCCCCUUCAACAAUAAUAAACCACCUUCCUCCUCCUCCUCCUCCUCCUCGCCACCCGAUUCUGCCGGUUGUUGGGUUGAGUCUUUGUUUUCCCUCAUGUCAUCUCUUGGUUUGCUCCGUGCAGCUCGAUGGCCCGGCCGAGCAGCGCUCCUUCCUCGCAUGCUGCAGGUGGUGGUGCUGGGAGUCCUGCGACGCGGCGGAGCGGAGCGGCGGCCUCUCCUCCCCAGGUACCUCCGGAAAGCACAGAAACUCAACUGCGAACCAGUUACCACUGCUCUGGUGUACAUAGUCUCCUCCUCCCAAUGUAAGAUAACAUAGCCACGCGUUCAUGGUAGUGCAGAAAAUAUUACUUGAAUGCAGUUUUCAGUAUUUCGGGCACCAGUCGGUAGAAUAUGCAUUUGUCUUACCAUUAGUUACUGGUCAAUAGAUUUCAGAGACGAGGUUGGGGGGGGACAGACUUCCCCCCUCUACCCUAACCCGCUUGCUCCAAUGCAUGAAGAGGAAAGCGCGUGCACGCACUCACACAUCGCACUGCCACCACGGCACUGGUGUUGCACUUUUAUUGGGAUGUGCCUCAUUCUGCCAAAUUCCCGAGAGACCCUGGGUGCAUCCGGUAACCACGACUCCGCUCCAUUCCCCCGCUCCCCUCCUCCUUCCUAAGCCAGCACGGACUGGGACCGGCUGAACUCUGAGCCCCAUUGUACCAUAGCGUGAAGUUAAGAUCAAACCUAAGUAUCUCCCGCGCUGUUCCGUAGCCACGCGUAACCUGCAGUCCUGGGCCAGGCUCCGCAUGUGCGUUGGACUUUGCUGCCUUUUGGGGUUGUUUUUUGUUUGUUUCUGUUUCAUUUUUAAAGGUUGUUGGGGUCUUUUUUCCCUUGUUUUCUUUUUUUUUAGUUGUUGUUAUUAUUUUUAGUUUUGGCUUUUGCUGAAUGGUGUCAUUGAGGUGUAAUGGAGGCUGCAGUUCCUAUGGCAACACAUUUGCACAUUAAUGUGCGCACCAAAUCUAACCACUUCAGAGAAGCAACGUGUGACAGAUAAUAGCAUUUUGGGGGAUGCUAGGGGGUUGGGGGGGAGCAUACUUACUAUCUUAACCAGCUGCUUGUUUGAUAAAUGUAGAUGGCCUCACUGCAGCCUUCCAUCAGAGGUAAUUAACUGCUUUAAUGAUGUCAGAUUUGUGAAUUGUACAAUGCAAAAAGCAAUGCAAAGCAGAUUCGGCAUGUGUCUGUACCCGGUAUGUAUGUACAGUGCCUGCCAACUAAAGAAUAACCAAGACUACAGCUUCUUCUAGCCUGAGAUAUCAACUUUUAUAACUUAUUUAAACAAAUAGCAACUUUGCAUGAAUUACAUCUUGGGGAAAAAGAAGGUCGGUAGGUUUUAACUUUUAAAGCGUGGUAUCAGAAGUAUGCAGAAAACCAUUUCUGGCUGCACUUAAUUUGGGGUGGGUGGAGGGGUUCAGCUCUGUUAAUACAUUUAAAGGGAAAAUCCCUUUAAUUUAAUUCCUGGGGGAGAAGAAAGUUACUAUUUUAUGAAGUAUUAUGGGGGGGGGAGCUCCACCACCUCUCAUGAUAAACUUGACAAAAGGGUAGAGCAUGUGUUAACCACGCUUGCACUUGCAAACACGAUGGAAGCAUCAGUGGGAGAGCGCCAGAGAAGGGAGGCGGUGUGGGGUGAGAGGAGAGGGGCUGUGGGGUGAAUGGGGGGCAGACAGCAUGGACCCACGUGUGGGAUGCUGCCUGUGUCCCACUCCCAAGAGCCGUCCUUUCCUCUCCAACCAAAAGCUCUCCCAGCACUGAGAUGUGGCCGGUGAUGCUGAAUGGGAGCAGCAGGGAUGGGGUGAGCCCCAUCCCUGCUGGGGCCAUGGACCAGGCACUGAUGCAGGGGCACAACCCCGGUAGCGCGCUCAGUGCUGGGUUCCAGCUGGGUCCAGCCUGUAGGGAGCCAGGGGGGCAGAGUCCCAGUGUGUGUCCCAGCAAUAAAGGGGGAAAUGAGGAUGGUGAAGGGCACUGUAGCAAGAGACCAUGAGUUUAAUUAACAAAAUUUCUGUAUGGGGCACUAUAUUUUUAAGAGUCUUUCUAUGCUGUACAUUUCUCCUGAAGCUGAAAUAAUGUACUGUUGGUAGGGAUUUUGUAUAGUGUACAGAAAUGGGCAGACUAUUUUCUUGCUGCGUUCAGUGAUUUAUUACCCGAGGUUCAAAUAGACAAAUAUAAAGUGUUAAAGUUGAAAGAAAAAAAAAAAAAGACAAAAAAAAAAACAAA